GGGAAAUAAACAAUUUUUUUUUUGUGUUUUUGAAAAGUAAUUAAUUAAAUUAAAUUAAGAUGGAAUGAAUUAAAUUGCAGUGUUACAGUACAAUUUGAAAUAACGUUUUGUAAUCGAGUAAUAAUAUGUAGUACCAGACUGUUGUACUACUUUCUUCCAUUGCAUUUAAUUCUCCCAACACACUCAACCACAUCUGUCUCUUCUUCACACUCACAAAUCAAUUCCAAAACCUAAGCUUUAGAUGGAUGAACACAUGCACGGGAUGGGAGGGAUGGCGUCGCCGCCGUCACCGUCGCCGCCAACCGCAAACGACACCAUGGGCACCAUGAUGCACCACAAGAUGAUGAUGCACAUGACCUUCUUCUGGGGCAAAGACACUGAUAUUCUCUUCCAAAACUGGCCGGGAGGCAAAUCGGAUAUGUAUAUCUUGGCCCUCGUUUUCGUCUUCGUCAUGUCGGUUUUCGUGCAGCUGCUCUCGCACACCCGUUUCAUCAAACCCGGUUCAAACCAUGUCGCGGCCGGUCUGUUCAAGACCCUCUUGUUCGCUUUCAGGGUUGGUCUCGCUUAUCUGGUUAUGCUUUCAAUCAUGUCUUUUAAUGGUGGUGUUUUCUUGGUUGCUGUGCUAGGUCAGACCUUGGGGUUUCUCAUUACAACAUUCGCUUUCAACAAAUCGCCCCAUGACGAGGGUUUCGAUCUUCCUCCAGUUUCUUGUUGAUUAGAUUAUCUUCUCUGGUUUUUUUUUUUAAGUUUUUCCCCCUUUUCUUAAUUGGCUGUAACAUUUGCAUAUGUAAUGAAACUGGAGGUGUUUUUUGUGUUGAUAUCUAAAUUACAUUG